AUGGGUAGGCACCACCCACCCCCUUUCCGUGUGAAGGGUGCUGUGUUCCUCUCCUUAGUCAUCUUCUCAUAUCAAACCGACUUUGAAAAGUCAGAAAAAAUACUAGGAUAUCCUAUGAAGACGGAUUCCAUUGUUAAGAGAACACGAAGAACUUCCGGUAAUAACAGACUGAGCGACUUCAAUCAAUUCGUGGAAGAUAAAUUAAUUCAGCAUACUCAGGCUCUGGAACAUCUCGUUGAUAUGCUUCAAAGAAAUGAAGACACGACUAAGAAACUUGUAAAUUCGUUAACUAGAAAAAUUGCGCAACCUAUACCCAAACUUCCUGAAAAAUUGGACGUUUAUCAGACCAGACGUAGUGGAGGGGAAGCUGAUAAGGAUCAUCCAAUUCCGCGUCCUGUCACUAAUAAGCCCAUGUUUGUACCAAAUACUCAAGCCGUGAAAGACAAACCAAGCCCUUGGUGUUCGGUGGCUGUGUUAUGUGAAAGAACAAUGGAAACUGUUUGUGGAUACGAUGAUACCUUUGGCUAUGGUAAAUUUGAGGAUAUAUGUCACAUGCUACAAGUCAACUGCUAUUGGAAAUACAACUUCGCCUUCGUACCUUCCUGCACACCAAUAUUAUAAAUCGUCUAAAUAAUCAA